AUGGCAAACGAAAAUUAUGGAAAUCUCAUGUUCUUUCGCGGAAGAAAGCGCGAACUCAAAGAAACUCUGGAUCCGUACAAGGGCUACAAAGUAGUGCCGCGACUCGGCAAAAAUGACUGUCCGGAAAUUACCCGUUUUGAAGUGCCCGAUGACAAGUACAGUCUUAAAUUGUCGCAGUGCAUGUUUGGCUGCAAUUUUAAAAUGCCCUCAAAUUAUGUGCCCGAUAAUGAUAUUUUGUCCAAGGGCAUUAAAAAAUGGACUUUAUCAUUGCAGAUACUCGGCUCUUUUCGUCUUUUGACCCAGCCGAGUAUGGCCACUAUAGCCACUGCUAAAAAAAUUAAACGGGUAAUUGAAAAGUUCAACUCUGAAUUGGACCCGUACAGCGACGACGAAGUCAACAUCAAGGCAACCGACAUCAAAACCACGGCUGCCAAUGGAACGGAUCUAAAAUGGUGGCGCCCCCACGACAUCAUCGAAGACAUGGUCAAGACAGAAGAAAUUGAAGGACAAGAAAACUUUGCCGAAGACGAAAAGAUGAUCUACUUUUUCAGGGAAAACAAGCUGGAUCCAAAGGAGCGACUCAAGCCUCGAAAUUUUUGA